AUGUUCUCUCUAGCCCGUCAAUUCUCCGGAGUCCGCUCCAAGCCUCUCGUCCUUACCAGCCAGAAAUUCACCCGAUCGACUCAGGUACCCCACCGCCUGUACUCGAAUCCUCCGAGAUCUUCGCCGCCACGCGCACCCUCCGCCCCUCAAUCCAGCCGCUCCAAUUUCCCAAUCAUCCCCAUCAUCAUCAUAACCGCCAUCAGCUCCGGCGCCUACCUUGAAUCAAGCCACACCGACACAAUCACCCCACAAGCAACCUCGACUCGAACCCCAGUCCUAAACCCCCUUUAA